AUGGCUUCGCUAGCUUCCGGUUCAGGCCGCAUCCAGCGAAGGGACUCGGCGGAUCGGGCCGCCUGCUCUAGGAGACCAAGGCUGAUGCGGGCCUCGGCAACCGAGCCGUCAAUCACGACUUCCAACGUCAGCCGGGAUGCGCUCGCAACACAGUCAGACCGGAGGGCAACCGAGUUGUUGAGUCGGAUGGCGUUCGUCUCCGGCUCGCCGCCGUCAGAGUCCGUCCUUCGAUCUUCAUCACUGCUAUCUUCUCGGUCAUCCAUGUUCGACAGCGUAGACCGGCAAGGCGAGCUGUCGUCGUCCCCAGUCAGCCAAACGGAUGCUUUUGACGACCUGCAUUCUCAUCCAUUCUCAGGACGAUACUUCAGCUUCCCAAGCUUCGACAUGUAUGAAGCAAAUCAGCAGGAAGGAGAGAAGGAAGCCGAGAAAUCGCCUUGA